UGAAAGAAAAAAGAAACUCCCCCAAAAAGGUAAAGUUCAAAUUUCCUUUCUUUUCAAAUUUCCAAACUCCACUUCCCUCCGGCUUCCAGCUCCACAGCUCGGCGCUAGGGUUUUGCAUCCGUUCCCCCCGACGCGAAUGGCUCGAAAACGCGCAGCUUCGUCGGCUCCGGAGCGGAGGAACAAGAGAGGUAGGCUGGAUGAACAGCCGGAGCCCGUGGAGGAGCAGUUGAAGAAUUCCGCGCCGGAAGAGGACAUUUUUAUGGGAGACCCUGUUCCGGACGGGGAAGCUAGGCGGCGAUGGCCUCAUCGAUAUGAAGGGACAAGCACAAAAGGAAGAAGCAUCAGAGAGCAGCUUGUAGUUACAAAAAUGGCUAAACGCCAUUUCUCUAUGCUAAAAUUUGAUGGAGAGCUUUAUAGUCUUCAUGAUGAUGCUUUUGUUAAAGGUGAGGAAGGUAAAGACGAUUACAUUUGUAAAAUCGUGGAGAUGUUUGAAGAUAUGGAUGGAAUGCGUUAUUUCACGGCUCAAUGGUUCUACCGAGCUAAGGACACGGUUAUUAAAUCACUUGACAAGUUCGUUGAGAGGAAGCGUGUUUUCUUAUCUGAAGUUAAGGAUGAUAAUCUCAUCGAUUGCCUUGUUCAAAAGUUGAAUAUAGUUUGCUUUCCUCCCAAUGAGAGUAUCAAGUCUACAGGAAGGAUUCCACUUGAGUGCGACUUUUAUUGUGAUAUGAUGUAUCAUGUACCUUAUUCAACAUUUAUAAGCUUUCCACAUGCUGAAGCUGUCAGAGAAUUGGAUUCAAUUCUGUCCAGUGAAAGUAGCACCACAGAAAUAAAAGAACAUGCAUACGAAAACACCCUCCUUGAUUUGUAUUCUGGCUGUGGUGCGAUGUCCACUGGUUUAUGUCUAGGAGCUGCGAACUAUGGUGUUAAGCUUGUAACAAAAUGGGCAGUGGAUUUCAAUAAAGAAGCAUGUGAUAGCUUGAGAUGGAAUCAUCCAGAGACGCAGGUCCGAAAUGAAGCUGCUCAGGAUUUCUUGUGCCUUCUCAAGGAAUGGGAACACCUUUGUGUCUCUUGCUCUUUGAUAACAAGCAACUCAGCACCACAUCCUUGCUUGAAUAUUUGUAAUGAAGAAGAAGAAGAAGAAGAAGAAGAAGAAGAAGAAGAAGAAGGGACUACAAGUGAUACAGACAAUGAAGUAUAUGAAGUUGAACAAGUAUUAGAAGUUUGCUUUGGGGAUCCAAAGAAAACUGGAAAGUCUGGAUUGCACUUCAAGAUACGCUGGAAAGGUUAUGGCGAAGCUGAUGACACAUGGGAACCCAUUGAGGGUCUGAGUGGUUGUGAGCAGAAAAUGAAGGAGUUCAUUGAGAAUGGGUUUAAAGCAAAUAUUAUGCCUUUGCCAGGGAGUGUUGAUGUCAUAUGUGGUGGCCCGCCUUGCCAAGGAAUCAGCGGCUUCAAUCGUUUUAGGAAUAGUGAAAAUCCAUUGGAGGAUCCCAAGAACAAACAACUAGAAGUUUUCAUGGAUAUUGUGAAUUUCUUGAGGCCUCGGUUUGUAUUGAUGGAAAAUGUGGUUGAUAUUGUCAAGUUUUCAAAUGGUUUUCUGGGGAGAUGUGCGAUAAGUCAACUUGUAGGGAUGUCGUACCAGGCCCGUCUAGGAAUGAUGGUGGCUGGAUCAUAUGGGCUUCCCCAAUUUAGAAUGAGAGUCUUUCUGUGGGGUGCACUUCCGGCAGAAAAGUUGCCUCAGUACCCUCUACCAACACAUGAUGUUGUUGUGAGAGGUUUUGUUCCUGUCGAGUUUGAGUCAAAUAAUGUGGCAUAUGAUGAAGGACAUGGUCAUAGACUAAAGAAGAAGCUUCUCCUGGGUGACGCAAUCUCUGAUCUUCCUCAGGUAAAGAAUAAUGAGUCAAGAGAUGAAAUGGAAUAUGAUGAACAGCCUAAGAAUGGGUUCCAAAAAUACAUAAGAUUAGGAAGAGAUGGGAAUCUGGGGCAUGUUUUGUAUGAUCACUGUCCCUUGCAACUAAAUGAAGAUGAUUAUGCGAGGGUAUGCCAAAUUCCCAAACAAAAGGGGGCUAACUACAGGAAUUUGAAAGGUGUCAUUGUCCGUGGCAACAAAGCUGAAUUGGAUCCAACAAUUGAAAGAGUAUACUUGCCUUCAGGCAAACCUCUGGUGCCGAAUUAUGCCUUGUCUUUUACUCGAGGAACUUCCACAGAGCCAUUUGGUCGGGUUUGGUGGGAUGAAACUGUGCCCACAGUUGUGACGAGGGCUCAGCCUCAUAAUCGGGCUAUUUUACACCCCGAGCAAGAUAGGGUUCUUACCGUUCGCGAAAAUGCACGGUUGCAAGGUUUCCCAGACUACUAUAAACUCAGUGGCUCAAUAACAGAAAGGUACAGACAAGUUGGAAACGCUGUAGCUGUGCCAGUAGCAAGGGCCUUGGGGUAUUCACUAGCUAUGGCAAUCAAAGGAGAAUCGGAUGAUAAAAACCCUGUGUUUUGUUUACCAGAAGGGUUUGCUGAAGUUUCUGUACCCGUCGGCCAAUAGUGUUCUGAGAUUCCUCAAUGGGAACUGGUGAGUAGGGUGUUUUUAUGAGGCAAAAUCAAUUGCAACACUUCCUUAAAUUGAUUUAAGAGCCAAAUGUGUAUUAUUAAUACAUGAAGUUCAAUCCUAACAUCAUAUUGUUCCCCAAUGAACUAGUUGAUUUUGC